GUCUUAGUCUGUGUGUUGUGUGUGUGAAGGUAGGACAUGGCGUCUAACUCUACCACUAAAUUUUUUGCCCUUUCUCAGUCAUUCAGCGUGUCUGAUAUCAUCGUAAUUGGAGCAUACUUUAUGUUGAACGUUGCAGUUGGAAUAUGGUCAUCUUGCAGAGUGAGCCGAAACACACUAAGCGGAUAUUUCCUGGCUAGCAGGGACAUGGCUUGGUGGCCAAUUGGGGCCUCUCUGUUUGCCAGCAGUGAGGGAUCAGGAUUGUUCAUUGGUUUGGCUGGGACAGGAGCAGCUGGGGGAAUCGCUGUUGCUGGCUUUGAAUGGAAUGCAACUUAUGUCCUGUUAGCUCUUGCCUGGAUCUUUGUCCCAGUUUACGUGUCCUCUGGGAUUGUCACAAUGCCAGAGUAUCUGGGUCGGCGGUUUGGAGGGGAGAGAAUUCGCACGUACUUGUCAGUGCUCAGUCUGAUGCUCUCUGUGUUUACCAAGAUCUCAACGGAUCUAUACUCUGGAGCGCUGUUUGUCCAGGUUUGUUUGGGCUGGAAUCUCUACCUCUCCACUGUUCUCAUGCUAGUAGUCACUGCCCUCUACACUAUAGCAGGUGGCUUAGCAGCUGUAAUCUACACCGAUACUCUUCAGACCUUCAUCAUGAUCAUUGGAGCGAUCAUCCUAACCAUUACAGCAUUCAAUAAGAUUGGAGGCUACAAUAACCUGGAGAGUGUGUACUUGAAAGCUGUGCCAUCUAAAAUCAUCCCAAACACCACAUGCCACUUGCCCCGGGCUGAUGCCAUGCACCUGUUUAGAGACCCAGUGCAUGGAGACUUACCCUGGCCAGGCAUGACACUGGGCUUAACCAUUAUUGCAACCUGGUACUGGUGCACUGAUCAGAGGACAAGCAUUUUGGAAAGACAAAAUGUAAUCGUGCAGAGGUCUUUGUCGGCCAAGAAUCUGAGUCACGCAAAAGGAGCGUCCAUAUUGGCCAGCUAUCUCAAGAUGCUUCCCAUGAUCUUUAUCAUCCUACCUGGCAUGAUCAGCAGGGCUCUCUACCCAGACACAGUGGCCUGUGUUGACCCUGAGGAGUGUAUGAAGGUGUGUGGUGCAGAGGUGGGCUGUUCCAACCUCGCUUUCCCAAAAUUGGUCAUCGAACUCAUGCCGAGUGGCCUCCGAGGGUUAAUGAUAGCUGUAAUGAUGGCCGCUCUAAUGUCAUCACUGACCUCCAUUUUCAAUAGCAGUAGCACACUCUUCACCAUGGACAUCUGGAAGAAGUAUCGCAGAGGUGCUACUGAGAAGGAACUGUUGCUGGUUGGCAGGAUAGUGACUGUUAUUCUGGUGGUGAUUAGUGUGGUCUGGAUCCCGAUUCUUCAGAGUGCCAACAGCGGUCAGCUCUACGUUUACAUCCAGUCGGUGACAAGUUAUCUAGCCCCUCCAGUCACAGCUAUAUUUGUAUUGGCUGUUUUCUGGAAAAGAACUAAUGAGGCGGGAGCAUUCUGGGGUCUAAUGGUGGGAUUAGCGGUGGGGUUGAGUCGGAUGGUCCUAGAGUUUGUAUACCCUCCUCCACGCUGCAGUGUGUUUGACCCUGCACCCUCUGUCCUACGGAGCGUACACUACCUGUACUUUGCCAUCAUCCUCUGCACCUUCACUGCUAUUGUUGUUGUGGUAAUCAGCCUACUAACUCCACCACCCACUGAAGAACAGACUCAUAAUCUUACCUGGUGGACACUCAACAACAGCACUGAGAGAGAAAUACCUUUACAGAAAGUUACUACACUCAGCCGCAGGACAGAAGGCUGUGAGUCUGUGCGUAGAGGUAGGUGUGUCCGCACCGUUGGGUUUUGUAGUCCACGACCGGUCCAAUCCGUACCUGGGACACCACCACCUAUGAUUCAAGGGGCCAGAGAGGAUCCCUUCUGGUCUCGUUUCUGCUGUGUCAAUGCUAUCAUUCUCAUGUGUGUUAACAUCUUUCUUUACGCUUACUAUGCAUAGCAUACCCACAUACACAAAAACACUGUCACACAUAUUGAGGUUUUGUCUUUUCGUUACACAUUUAUCACCAUACUCUUCCAUAUAUCUUAGACAAACAUUUGUGAUUUUACUUAUUAUUUACUGUACAUAAUUACAUAUAAAAAAAUAUGCCUGCAUGAUUGGUUCAUAUUUUUUUUGUAUCAGUAUCAGCAUCACAUGUUUUGUGAAAAAAUUAUGCAGAUACAGUAGUUAUGUAGGGUUCAUACUGGAGGAACACUACCAGUCAAAAGUUUGGACACAUCUACCUAUUCUUUAUUAUUAUUACUACACCCUUUUCCACAUUUUGUAAUAAUAGUAAAAUCAUUAAAACUAUAAAAUAAUAUUAUACCAAAUAUAUAAAUUAAACAAAACUUGACCAAAAAUAUUAAACAAAUCAAAUCUUAUUUUAAUCUUUAAAAUAAAGAAUUAAAUAAUACAUAAAUAUUUUAGGUUUGCAAAGAAAUUCAUACAUAUUUACUUGUAUUUAUCUGCAUAACAAAUAUCUGCAUAUAAGUUUAUUGUAAGCCUUUAGAUCAAAAGGGUUUAAAGAUAAUCAGAAUCAUAAUUUAUUCAAGUGAGCCCCAACUUUUGACUGAUAUGUAGUUAUAAAGCAUAUGCUGUAUGAUUUUUCUCAUGGUGGAUUGAAAAUGUAUAAUUUUCAGGUUUGUUUAAAAGCCAAAAUGGUAUGUAUUUAGUAAGAUCUUGGUGUCAAUUGAUGUUUGUAAUUGUAUGCUCAUUACCAGAUCCUCCCAAAAGUGGUGGGUGUAAAUUAAAGUGUCAUUUUGCUUCUUAGAAAUAUAUGAAAAGUGAUUAAACAGUAAUUUAAUGUAAUGUAAAUUACUUAAGUAAUUAUUAAGUAAUCUGUACCUUUGUAAUUAUUUAAAUAAUAGCAUGAGAAUAUCUAUAGAUAAUAUAAUUGUAAGAACAUCUUGUAAAUGAUUUGAAGUACAGAAAAACAGAAUGUUACAAGAGAAGGUUGCAUGACAGAUUAAAUGUUUAAUAUUUCUGGCUUUUCCAUAUUUAUCAUUUUGUUUUCUCUUAAUUGAUUUGUUUUAUUGUGGAAAU